AUGGACUAUCGCCCCAUCAGACCUAAUCGACAGACGGGAACCAACACACCAGCGGGUGGUCACGAUUCGUCUACUUUAGUCAAUCUCCAAGACUACAAGCGACUAAGUAAAUCUAGCAGAUACGAACCAAGCUGUGGGGGCACCCUCAAACAUAAAGGCGACAGGCUCAUCCACCGGAAGAGUCAGGAGACGGACAGAGUCAGCGGUCGCGAGCUCCUCGAGGAAGCGAAACUCGUGGUUUCGGAAAAAGAGGGUUCAGAAUACGCCGAAAUACUCGUUGCCCAAGCGAAAACAACCCUCAAAGCAGCAAUUUCAAAGUGGCAACGCGAAUAUAGAUCCCCCAUCUCGGAUUCCAUUGCUGGGACGAAUUAUAGAACCAGCUAUCGGCGGUUCUUCAACAAGAAUGAACAAUUUGCAAGCUCGACACAGCUCACAAUCGCCAGGUCCGAUGUGGGUCCAGCGGCUACAUGGACCGCAUCUGGUUGUGCCGUUCACGGAUCAGGCUUCAGUCCCGCAGCGCAGGGGGUAUCUGUGGAUCAAAGCCAAUCCAUAGGGGAAGAUCCCAGGUUUGAUUCAUUCAAUGCUGUAUUCAUGCAACAAGCGUCUGCAGACACGCAAUAUGUCAGUCAGAUCAGCUACCCCGACUGUACGAACGACAGCGUAUACCGGAGUGUGUACAGUUUCGGGAAUCUCCCAAUGCUCGACGCCAGCCAUAACUUAUUAGGUAUCGCUGCGCCUGAACUUCCGGCGGCACAUAUGGAGGUUGGUGGUAGUGGACCUAACCCAGACGACAACAAUUCCCAGAAUGCAUGCCCUCACAUCUCGGAGGAAUUCCAGUUCUUCAGUCCGCAAGGAUUUGGACAACUUUGAUCAAAUAUUUGAACCGUCAGAGACUGGACAACCGGCAUGCAACUAUUGAAGGGCCAAUAAAUCCGCAACCAAAUGCUUGGCUGAGUGUUUGCGCGCAGAGAAUGUAGCGGGAAUAUCCUAUCAAAGGACUAG